AUAAGGCUAAUAUAAGACAACGUAUGAUAAGUAGUUUAGAAUUCACGACCCAACCUUAAGUUAUAAUGGCCGGAAAACACGCAAUUAUUACUGGGUUAGUAGCCAUUGUUGGUUUAUUCUAUCUCUCAAGUGUCAAUGGAUUAUCAUGUUUGUUUUGUGAUAGCGUUGUUAACAUCACAGAUUGCCUAACACAAAAAGCUUUAUGCACAGACAACGACGAGCAAUGUUUCCUUGACAAGGUUAUUCUACCUGAUCUAUCAACUGUAUUUUCAGCGGGAUGCAGAUCUAAACAGGUGUGCGAUUUAAUAACCAGUUCAGUUGGGAGAAAAAGAAGUACUGUGGCUUGUGCAGAGUGCUGUGAUUUACCUGUUGACAACUCAACAUUAAUCCCAUGCAACGGGUACCUAUGCAACCAGAAACCUCAACCAACACAAGCAACCUGUGGAGUGUGUGACAAAGUAACACAUCCAGAAGAUUGCUCUGUUGACCAACAGUGCCAACCAACUGAGGUUUGCAAAAUCAACACUGUAUUUACUGGUGGUGUCAUAAAACAUGAACUUGGAUGUGAGCAGAAAACCGUGUGUGAUGUACUUUUGACAGAAUAUAGAAAAACCCAUUCAACGGCACUUCCAGCUGCAGGUAGAAGAGCCGACCACGGAGAUCUUGUGCUAUGCUCUGCUUGUUGUGAUACGUUAAGUUGCAACAAAAAGCCUUGCAAGGACGUUCGUGAAACUCAGAAAUGUCAUGAUACAGCUAUUUGCGGUUGAGAAGCACAAGAAAGGAUUUCUU